AUGAAGGCAGUCUCUUACAUCUCUUUGUUCGUCCCCGCUGUCCUUGGUGGGACGAUCUACCUAGCAGGAGACUCAACUAUGGCUAUUGGCGGAGGCGGGAAUGGUACAAUGGGAUGGGGUCAAUUCGUGGCACCAUACACAACAUGGACUGUCUCAAACCAAGCAAUCGCAGGCCGUAGUGCCCGCUCCUUCACCCGCGAAGGACGCUUCACAGCGAUCGCCGACGAAGUCCAAUCCGGCGACUGGGUGAUCAUCGAAUUCGGCCACAAUGACGGUGGAUCUCUAACACCAACGGACGACGGACGGACCGACUGUUCUGGCACAGGCGACGAAACAUGCACUACAGUCUACGACGGCGUAAACGAGACGGUGUUGACUUUCCCGGCAUACCUGGAGAAUGCAGCGAAUACGUUCACGGCGCUUGGAGCUAAUGUACUUAUUUCGAGUCAGACACCGGAUAAUCCCUGGGAAACUGGGACGUUCGUGGAUGAUCCUGUGAGAUUCGUUGCGUAUGCUGAGUUGGCGGCGGAGACGGCGGGUGUGGCGUAUGUGGACCAUUGGGCUUAUGUUGCGGAUAUUUAUGAUACUCUUGGGGCGGAUGUGGUUGAUGCUUUUUACCCGAUUGAUCAUACUCAUACUAGUCCUGCGGGAGCUUUGGUGGUUGCUGAAGCUUUUUUCAAGGCUGUUGUUUGUGGAGGAGUUGCGUUGAAGGGUGCCUUGAACACUACUAGUUUCGAGGGUGAAUGUCUGUAA